AUGAACCAGAUAGAAGGAAACAUGCAGAAAGAUCAGAAGCCUGUCAAUAUUGUCAGGUCUCAGUCGUACCAGUCUUCGGAUGAUAUCAUAGAAAGCAAUAAUGGAAAUAGAAAGCACUUUGUUUACGACUCGGAGAUAAGAAAACAAAGAUUGGAAGGUGGUACUAAAUGGAGAGACGUGUUGGUUGUCUUGUGUGCUGGGUUUGCCUUGAUAUCAGAUGGUUACCAGAACAAUGUUAUGACAAUGUUAAACCUUGUUUUCCCGGAAUUAUACCCAAAAGCGUAUGAUGCAGACAUGAAGACAGCCGUGUCGAACGCAAGUUUGGUGGGUACUAUUUUUGGGCAGAUAGCAAUAGGGUUUACUUGUGACUACAUUGGGCGUAAAUGGUCUAUUGUGGUUGCAACUUGUUUUUUGAUUUUAGGGACUAUUAUGUGUGCUGCAUCUCAUGGUGUUACUACUGAUGGGAUGUUUUGGAUGUUGAUUAUUUCAAGAGGUGUCACAGGUUUUGGCAUUGGUGCUGAGUAUCCAGCUUCGUCUGUUUCUGCCAAUGAGGCUGCAAAUGAAUCCAUGAAGAGAAGAGGAGGUGCAUUUACCUUGUGUACUAACUUGCCAUUAUCGUUUGGUGGACCUUUUGCAAUCAUAAUAUUCUUGAUUGUUUACCAAAUAACAAAGGGGGUUGAUUCCGGAUUAUGGAGAACAAUGUUUGCCAUUGGUGCAUUUUGGCCAUUAUCUGUCUUCUAUUUCCGUGUUAAAAUGGCCACUUCUGAAUUAUACAAGAAAAGUGCUAUCAAAAGACGUGUUCCAUAUUGGUUAGCCUUCAAGUAUUACUGGCCGAGGUUGCUUGGUACCUGUGGCUGUUGGUUCUUGUAUGAUUUUGUCACUUUCCCUAACGGUGUUUUUUCUGGUGGGAUUAUUCAAACAAUAUUGGGGGACACCGAUGAUUUAGAAACAGUUGCCGAAUGGCAAUUAUUAUUAGGUAUCAUAGCUAUUCCGGGUGUUUUUGUCGGGGCCUAUUUAUGUGAUAAAAUCGGUAGGAAGUAUACUUUAAUUAUUGGUUUCUGUGGCUAUAUAAUAUUUGGUUUAAUCGUGGGAAUAGCUUACAACAAACUAAAGAAGAUUCCAGCAUUGUUCGUUAUAUUUUAUGGUCUUAUGAUGAGUUCAGGUAACUUGGGACCGGGGGACAUGAUGGGAUUAGUUUCGCUGGAGUCUUUUGCGACACCAAUAAGGGCUACUUGUUACGGCUUCAGUGCCGCCAUUGGCAAAGUCGGAGCUGUGGUAGGUACCAAGACAUUUACCCCAAUUCAAACCAAUCUUCCUCAGGGGGAAAGAUGGACGUUUAUAAUUGCAGCAAUAUGUGGUUUGAGUGGUGUCUUAGUAGCAUUUUUCUUUAUUCCCCACUUGAAAGAAGACGAUUUAUUGGAAGAAGAUAUCAAAUUUAAGAACUAUUUGAUCGAUCACGGUUGGGACGGAGAAUUUGGUCUUCAAGGUGAACCAUCCAAAGACGAAGAGCUCCAGGCAAAUUCUGAUGAUGAUGAUCCCCAAGUUAAAGUUAUUUGA